ACCGGUUUCUUUUCAGUUUGAAAGGGGAGGGAGCGAGUGGGGAACGACCGAGAGGGAGCGAAGGAAACGCGCCCCAAAGAGAAAGAAAAAGAAACCCUAACGCUCAUCGCAAUCCUAAUCUCAACCCAGGAUUUGAGGAAAGAUGUCAGAAGAAGCUGGAGAGCACCCCUCCAUCACGGAGAGAAUCACCGAGAAGGUCCACGAAUACAGAGGGUCCUCAUCCUCUUCGGAUUCUGAUAAUGAGAAACCCUCCUCUCACAGAACCAGGAAGAAAAGGUUGUUCGGAAGGAAGGAACCGGUGCACACCGUUCUUGGUGGGGGAACAUCUGCUGAUAUUAUAUUAUGGAGAAACAAGCAGAUGUCAGGCAGCAUACUGUCUGGUGUGACCAUUAUUUGGCUUCUCUUUGAAUGGAUGGGCUAUCACCUACUGACCUUUAUUUGUCAUUCUCUUAUAUUUUUACUUGUAGUAUCCUUUAUUUGGUCUAAUGCAGCUUCUUUUGUCAACAGGUCCCCUCCAAAAUUUCCCGAGGUUAUCUUGCCUGAGGACAUGUUUCUGAACAUAGCUCAUGCAGUAAGAUAUCAGAUUAAUGAAGCCUUUUCAACUUUUAGAUAUGUUGCUUCAGGAAAAGAUUUGAAGCAAUUCUUGAUGGUAAAGUUCAGGUACUUACUAGUUUCCUUUAUGCUGUUUGGGCUCAGAAUCUUAGCAUCUAAAUUUGUUAUGCAGGUGACAGCAGGCUUGUGGGUCGUUUCUGUAAUUGGCAGCUGGUUUAGUUUCCUAACACUUCUCUAUAUUGCUUUUCUGAUUAUAUAUACUGCACCAGCUCUCUAUGAGAAAUAUGAGGAUCAAGUUGACACCGUUGCAGGGAAGGCAAUGGUUGAAAUUAAUAAGCAUUAUGCUGUGCUUGAUGAAAAAGUACUCCGGAAGAUUCCCCGGGGCCCAUUUGCCGAUAAGAAGCAGUUUUGAGAAGAAUUAAUUCCCCUUCUGGUUUGCUCUUCUAUAAUCCACGGCAGCUUUUCCUUCAUCUGCUGCUGGUUUUUGAUGAAAUUUUUGGUUAGAGAAUGGGGAAAGAGAUGGAUGUCUUUGAACAUUUCUCUUAGGAGCACUUUAGCUUUUAUGCCCUGCACUAAAAGACCAUAUAUAAAAUGUGCCUGCUGGAGGAUGCUUAUUGUGAAGCAGGUAUAGAGAUGCUCUUCUAUUACUUUUUGCAGCAUUUGACUUAUUAUGAUGUGAGCCUUGAUCCAAUAUCUUGAUAUUGCAAUUUUUUUUAUAUUUU